AUGUCUGACACAAAGCCUGGUCAGACAACCGCCGAGGCACACUUACUUUGGGUUGCCGGCAAGGAAAAGAUUGGAGGCGGCGACACCUUACCGAUUGAAAACCCCGCGACCGGCGAGAUCUUUGCACACUGCCAUACUGCAUCCGCCCAGGAUGUCGAUCAAUGUAUUGAAGAGGCCAACAAUGCCUUCGUUGCAGGCACGUGGUCCAAGGCUCCUCGCCAUUUUCGCGCUGAUGUCCUUGACCGAGCCGCUACCUUGCUCUCCGAACAGCUCCCAGGGCUGAUAGACCUCGAGGUUCUGCAGACGGGCAGGGCAGUCCGUGAGAUGAAGGCACAGGUGCCGAGCCUGGUCAAGUGGUUUCGGUACUACGCAGCUCGACUGCGGGUUGACGAACGCCAUGUUCUGCCGACCACCGGGUCUCUGCAUAACUGGGUCGACCGCGUCCCAUUAGGUGUCUGCGCGCUGAUUACUCCAUUCAAUCAUCCGCUGUUGAUUGCUGUCAAGAAGGUGGCCCCGGCAUUGGCCGCCGGAAACAGUGUUGUACUCAAGCCAUCGGAACUGACACCGAUCACGUCCCUACAGCUUGGCAGGAUUCUUAGAGAUGCUGGCCUUCCGGAGGGUGUUUUCUCUGUCUUGCCUGGUCUGGGGGUCGAGACGGGCAAGCAACUCGUCUCACACCGCUUAGUCCGCAAGGUUGACGUUACCGGCUCAACCGCGGCAGGCCGGGCAAUUGGGGCCAUCGCAGGCGGAAAUCUGGCCCGAUUCAAUGCUGAGCUAGGCGGCAAGGCGCCAUUGGUGGUUUUUGAGAGUUCUGAUCUGGAUGCCGCCGUCAACGGAAUUGUAUUUGGGGCUUUUGUUGCCAGUGGGCAGACUUGUGUUGCGGUCACGCGUGUUCUUGUUCACAAAUCGAUAUUGGGGGCGCUCACCGAAAAGCUCUCGGAGAAGUGCAGCUCCAUCGUCCGCCGUAUGGGUGACCCGAAAAACCCGCUGUCCAUGAUGGGCCCCCUCAUCUCGUCAAAGCAGCUUUCGGGAGUCCAGCGUCUUGUCGAUGCUGCAGUUGCCAGCGGAAAUGCCAGGCUGCUUUGCGGUGGCCAGCGGAUGUCGGGGAUGAGCCCUCUGGACGGGUUCGAUCUUUCCAAUGGCUACUUCUUCCCGCCGACAGUCUUAUGUGGUACCAGCCAGGACGGCUCAAAUGUUUGUGCAACAGAUCUGUGGUACGAGGAGGCAUUCGGGCCUGUGAUUGUGGUGGCGAGCUUCGAGGACGAGGAACAUGCUGUUCGGUUGGCCAACGACACCUCAUUUGGGUUGGGGGCCGGGAUAUGGACGAGAGAUCUAUCGCAGGCGUUUCGAGUUAGUGAGCAGAUUGAGGCCGGCAUUGUCUGGGUCAACACCCAUCACCGCAACGAUCCAAGCAGCCCAUGGGGUGCGCAUGGUACGAGAUCUGAUAGUGGUCUCGGCACUGAGAACGGUGCUGAGGCUUACAUGGCAUACACCGCACCAAAAAGCGUUGUUAUCAACUAUGCUUCAACGGAGACUGCUUUGAAAGAAGAGGAUUGGUUUCGGGAGGAUCAAAGUGGCGGAGAAGUGCGGUAUGGGUGA